CGGGCGGGCUGGCAGAGCAGGCAGCACCGCACCACGGCCACAGGCGGCUGCAGCAGCUGCCCUUGUCCCCAGCUGCCUCUCCAGCCUCUUCCCCGGUUAGCACUCCAGCUGCUGGAAAUCAGCAAGAAAGAGGAGAGAAACUCCCACCGACCCACAGAGGGAGCAUGACUUCGGCAACUUCACCUAUCAUUUUAAAAUGGGAUCCCAAAAGUUUAGAAAUCCGGACGUUGACAGUGGAAAGGCUCUUGGAGCCACUUGUUACCCAGGUGACAACACUUGUCAACACAAGCAACAAAGGCCCAUCUGGUAAAAAGAAAGGGAGGUCAAAGAAAGCCCAUGUGCUGGCUGCAUCUGUGGAGCAAGCCACUCAGAACUUCCUCGAAAAGGGUGAGCAGAUUGCGAAGGAGAGUCAAGAUCUCAAAGAAGAGUUGGUGGCUGCAGUUGAGGAUGUGCGCAAGCAAGGUGAUACCAUGCGGAUCGCCUCUUCUGAGUUUGCUGAUGACCCUUGCUCCUCAGUGAAGCGGGGCACCAUGGUGCGAGCUGCCCGGGCACUGCUGUCUGCUGUCACACGCUUGCUCAUCCUGGCAGACAUGGCCGAUGUCAUGAGACUGUUAUCUCACCUGAAAAUUGUGGAAGAGGCCCUGGAAGCGGUGAAGAAUGCUACCAAUGAGCAAGACCUUGCAAACCGCUUUAAGGAAUUUGGAAAAGAGAUGGUGAAACUUAACUAUGUAGCUGCAAGAAGACAGCAGGAACUGAAGGACCCUCACUGUAGAGAUGAGAUGGCAGCUGCUCGUGGAGCAUUGAAGAAGAAUGCCACGAUGCUGUACACAGCCUCUCAAGCCUUUCUCCGCCACCCAGAUGUCGCUGCCACAAGAGCCAACCGAGAUUAUGUGUUCAAACAAGUCCAGGAGGCCAUCGCAGGCAUUUCCAAUGCCGCUCAAGCUACCUCGCCCACCGAUGAAGCCAAAGGCCACACGGGUAUUGGCGAGCUGGCGGCAGCCCUGAAUGAGUUUGAUAAUAAGAUCAUCCUGGACCCCAUGACUUUCAGCGAAGCCAGGUUCCGGCCGUCCCUGGAGGAGAGGCUGGAGAGCAUUAUCAGCGGGGCUGCACUCAUGGCAGACUCGUCGUGCACCAGAGAUGACCGGCGGGAACGCAUCGUGGCCGAGUGCAACGCAGUGCGACAGGCGCUCCAAGAUCUGCUCAGCGAAUACAUGAAUAAUUGCUUUUAUUCUUCUUGGCUAACUGAAUCGAUGAAGACUGGAAGGAAAGAAAAAGGAGAUCCUCUAAACAUUGCAAUUGACAAGAUGACCAAGAAAACAAGAGACCUAAGGAGACAGCUUCGGAAAGCAGUGAUGGAUCACAUAUCUGAUUCCUUCUUGGAAACCAAUGUCCCUUUGCUGGUUCUCAUCGAGGCUGCGAAGAGUGGCAAUGAGAAGGAAGUGAAAGAAUAUGCCCAGGUUUUUCGUGAACAUGCCAACAAGCUGGUGGAGGUUGCGAAUUUGGCCUGUUCCAUUUCCAAUAAUGAGGAAGGGGUGAAGUUAGUUCGGAUGGCGGCAACCCAGAUUGACAGCCUGUGCCCCCAGGUCAUCAAUGCUGCUCUCACUCUGGCUGCUCGGCCUCAAAGCAAAGUUGCUCAAGAUAACAUGGAUGUCUUCAAAGACCAGUGGGAGAAGCAGGUCCGAGUGCUGACUGAGGCUGUGGAUGACAUCACUUCAGUGGAUGACUUCCUUUCUGUCUCAGAAAAUCACAUCUUGGAGGAUGUAAACAAAUGUGUGAUCGCCCUCCAAGAGGGAGACGUGGAUACUCUAGACCGCACUGCAGGGGCCAUCAGGGGCAGGGCGGCUCGGGUGAUACACAUCAUCAAUGCUGAGAUGGAGAACUAUGAAGCUGGCGUUUAUACUGAGAAGGUGCUGGAAGCCACGAAAUUGCUUUCUGAGACAGUGAUGCCACGCUUUGCUGAACAAGUCGAGGUUGCCAUUGAAGCCCUGAGUGCUAACAUCCCCCAACCAUUUGAGGAAAAUGAGUUCAUCGAUGCCUCUCGCCUGGUAUACGACGGUGUUCGGGAUAUCAGAAAAGCUGUGCUGAUGAUCAGGACCCCAGAGGAACUAGAAGAUGACUCUGACUUUGAGCAGGAAGAUUAUGAUGUACGUAGCCGGACAAGUGUUCAGACUGAAGAUGACCAGCUAAUUGCAGGGCAGAGUGCACGGGCCAUCAUGGCGCAGUUACCACAGGAAGAAAAAGCAAAAAUAGCUGAACAGGUGGAGAUAUUCCACCAAGAGAAAAGCAAGCUGGAUGCUGAGGUGGCCAAGUGGGAUGACAGCGGCAAUGAUAUCAUUGUUCUGGCCAAGCAGAUGUGUAUGAUCAUGAUGGAAAUGACAGACUUCACAAGAGGCAAAGGCCCGUUGAAAAAUACAUCAGAUGUCAUUAAUGCUGCUAAGAAGAUUGCUGAAGCAGGUUCUAGAAUGGACAAAUUAGCCCGCGCUGUGGCUGAUCAGUGUCCUGAUUCAGCAUGUAAGCAGGAUUUAUUAGCCUACCUUCAGCGAAUUGCCUUGUAUUGCCAUCAGCUCAAUAUCUGCAGCAAGGUGAAGGCAGAAGUACAGAAUCUGGGAGGAGAGCUCAUUGUGUCAGGGACAGGAGUUCAGAGCACUUUCACUACCUUUUAUGAGGUAGAUUGUGAUGUCAUAGAUGGGGGCAGGGCUAGUCAACUUUCUACCCACCUCCCAACCUGUGCUGAGGGAGCUCCAAUCGGGAGUGCAAGCAGUGAUUCCUCCAUGUUGGACAGCGCCACGUCACUUAUCCAGGCAGCUAAAAACCUGAUGAAUGCUGUGGUCCUCACUGUGAAAGCUUCCUAUGUGGCCUCAACCAAAUACCAGAAGGUCUAUGGGACAGCAGCUGUCAACUCACCUGUUGUGUCUUGGAAGAUGAAGGCUCCAGAGAAGAAGCCCCUUGUGAAGAGAGAAAAGCCUGAAGAAUUCCAGACAAGAGUUAGACGGGGUUCUCAAAAGAAACACAUUUCUCCUGUGCAAGCUUUAAGUGAAUUCAAAGCAAUGGAUUCCUUCUAG